AUGACCGAAACUCUAAAAUUAAGGGGUACUCUUUGUGGGCACAAUGGGUGGGUUACUCAGAUUGCCACAAAUCCUAAAUAUCCUGAGAUGAUUUUGUCUUCAUCACGAGACAAAACUCUCAUUGUAUGGAAGUUGACCCGUGACGAAACUAACUACGGUGUACCACAGAAGCGUCUGUACGGCCACUCUCAUUUCAUCUCUGACGUGGUUCUCUCCAGUGAUGGAAACUACGCUCUGUCUGGUUCAUGGGACAAAACACUCCGCCUUUGGGAUCUCGCCGCCGGCAAGACCACAAGGCGUUUCGAAGACCAUACUAAGGAUGUGCUAUCAGUUGCGUUCUCAGUGGACAAUCGUCAAAUCGUGUCUGGUUCCCGGGACAAGACCAUUAAGCUGUGGAAUACAUUAGCUGAAUGUAAAUACACCAUUCAAGACGAUGGUCACAGUGACUGGGUGUCAUGCGUUAGGUUUUCACCCAACCAUGCUAACCCUAUCAUCGUUUCUGCUGGCUGGGAUCGUGCUGUUAAGGUCUGGCACUUGACUAACUGUAAGUUGAAGAUCAAUCACCGCGGCCACUCCGGCUACUUGAACACAGUCACCGUGUCUCCAGAUGGUUCUCUGUGUGCGUCGGGCGGUAAGGACAUGAAGGCCAUGCUGUGGGAUUUGAACGACGGCAAACACUUGCACACUCUGGACCACAACGAUAUCAUCACAGCCCUCUGCUUCUCACCGAACAGAUACUGGCUGUGUGCUGCGUUCGGACCUUCUAUCAGGAUCUGGGAUCUCGAGAGCAAGGAAAUGGUUGAAGAGUUGAAACCUGAUAUCAUCAACCAGAACCAAAACCCCAACCCACCUCAGUGCCUAUCAUUAGCCUGGUCUACUGACGGACAAACCCUGUUUGCCGGUUACUCGGACAAUAUUAUCCGAGUCUGGCAAGUCUCGGUCUCCGCACGAUAA